GUACCGGUCACGUUCGAUGAUAUUUCAGUGUACUUCAACGAGCAGGAGUGGGAGAGACUGGACCGCUGGCAGAAGGAUCUGUACAGGGCUGUGAUGAGGGGGAACUACGAGAUGCUGAUCUCCCUGGACUAUGCUGUGUCCAAGCCUGACAUCCUGUCCCGGAUCGAGAGGGAUGAGGAGCUCUGCAUGAAAGACAGUCAGGAGCCCCCGCAGAUGGACAUCGAAGAGGGUCAGGAGCCCCCACAGACGGACAUCAAAGAGGGUCAGGAGUCCCCGCAGACGGACAUCGAAGAGAGUCAGGAGUCCCCGCAGACGGACAUCGAAGAGAGUCAGGAGGACCUGCAGACGGACAUCGAAGACAGACAGGAAUCCCCGCAGACUCGCAUCCGAGAGUGUCAGGAGUCCCUGCAGGGAUGUACCAGAGGAGGUCUGGAGCCCCCGCAGACAGCAGAAGAGACGGAGCAGAUGGAAGAGGUGUUGGGAGAAGGUGAAGUCCCCAUGGAAGCUGACGCAGACUAUGCUGUGUCCAAGCCUGACGUCCUGUCCCGGAUCGAGAGGGAUGAGGACCUCUGCGUCAGAGACGGUCAGGAGCCCCCGCUGACACAUACUGGAGACAGUCAGGAGUCGUUGCAGACAGGUGUCCGAGACGGUCAGGAGUCAUCGCUGACACACAGUGGAGAUGGGCAGGAGUCAUCGCCGACACACAGUGGAGAUGGGCAGGAGUCGUUGCUGAGAGGUGUCCGAGAUAGUCGGGAGUUGUCGCCGACACACGUUGAAGAUGGUCAGGAGUCGUCGCAGAUACACACUGGAGACAGUCAGGAGUCCCCGCAGACGGGCGUCCUGGAUGGUCAGGAGUCCCCGCAGACACCAGAAGAGAUGGACCAGAAGGAAGAGGCUUUGGGAGAAGGUGAAGUCCCCAUGGAAGCUGAUGCAGAACUCCCCAUCCUGGUGAUGAAUGUCAUGUCCCUGAGUGCGCAAAAAGAGGAGCUGCGCAGGGAAGGUCAGCCUGAGACAGAGAUGGAAGAGGACCUGGCUGAGCCCAGCGCCGAGGAAGGCUUUUUACUGGGAAACAAAACGGUGUGUGAAGGGGCUUCUCCUCCUGAGAACGUCAAGGUAAAGGAAGAAGAACGUGAGGUGUUGCAAGAGGUUUCUGCACCCUCUCCCGGCCCAGAGAUCCAGAAGUGCCCCAAAAGCGAGCAGGCCAAGGCCAAGAGCAAGAAGAAGCCGAGCAGGUGCGCGAGCAGCAGCCUGCUGAUGGGCAACUGUCGGCGCGGCUACGUGCGUGAGUGGUCGCACCCCUGCACUGAGUGCGGGAAGCGUUUCCGUCUGAAAAUCAACCUCAUCAUCCACCAGCGGAGCCACGCCAAAGAAGGGCCCUACGAAUGCACGAUGUGCGAGAUCAGCUUCGCGGACAAACGCCACCUGGACCUUCACCAGAGCAUCCACAUAAAAGACAGGGCCUUCGGGGCGAAGGUCUGGGGGAACGUCCACCCAGAGCUGAGGAUCCGGCCGAGGAGGAAGUUCUGCGGGGUUUUCUGCGGAGGUGCCUAUAGUUUGGGCAACGGGGCGUAUGCUGGGGGGCCCUGGCUGGGUCAGGCCAAGGAGGAGCUGGAGAGAAGGAGUCUGUCCAGCACGUGUUUCUCCCGACAGCAGAGUCCUAAGUCUCGUAGGAAAUCCAUGCUGAAAUGCAGUCUUUGCAAAAAGAUUCUUUCUUGCACCUUUUCCCUUCAGCGGCACCUGCAGACCCACACUACAGACAGGCCGUAUUGCUGCACCGACUGCAAGAAAUGCUUCACCCGCAAAACUCACCUCUUGCGCCACGAGAAGAUACACAAC